CAAACUAAAUAACUGUUUCCUGGAAGAGACUAUUUGAAACUAAAGUGACCCGUAACGCGAGGCGUGGCCAGCCAUUGUACCUGGCUUCCUUUUUCUUUUUUUGUAAGUAGCUCAGACGCUAGUCGUGCAGACUGACGCUUCGCUGUGCUGCAGGUUUCACGGUUCCACAGGCCGGUCGGGGCCCAGUGCUGCAGGUUGUCCGGUAGGGUGCCUGCCGAGCCACACGCACGCGUGCUGUCGGUGUGAGGAGCAGAGGAGGGGAACGCGAGGAAUGGCUGCGCGCGGACACUGAUCUCCGGGCGAGGGGAACAAAUCAGGGCAGCGAAUGCUAGUCCGCUCGCGGCGCGUGCGAACGGACGCCCGCGUUCGCCAACACCGGAUCAGCCUCCUCGCGACGCCUUAAGAGGCACCUCGCGCUCUCGAGCGUGCGCGUGCGUGCGUGUUAUUUAAUGGGACAGCGAAAACGUAAAAAAAACGCAAGGUACGCUACCGCUCCUGUCGCCAGCGCUGCUACUUUAUUUUCAUGGACUGAUACGUCGCGCAGGAGGCGGCGGAGAAACGCUUCCCCGCGAGGUAAACCGCUCCUAAUGCUACGUUUAUACGGCUAGCUAAAGCGUAACGGGGGCAUUUUCGGUGGGGCUCGUGAAUGUAUGGAGCGUUCGAACGUUCCGCUCCGGGGUUUUUGAAAAGCGUCGGUUGGACUCCAUCUCGACCGAGACGACCACAUGAGAAGUCGACGUCCGGAGUAGACCGAACCACAACCAGCCCGCCGCUUCCCCUUCGCCCGCUGUUCGCCGCCUUUCCCCGCACCUGAACCGACGAGGAGGAUAAAAUGCGUGUGGAUUUGUUUUGGAUCUGUUUCUUGUGCUCCCUUCGCCCCGGUGCCGCCGGUCAAGGGCAGUCGACGGCCGUGUGCUCGCCCGCGUGUAGCUGCGAUGAAGACGGGGGCGCAGACUGCUCCGGGAGAGGACUCACCGCCGUCCCGACCGGGCUCGGUACCUUCACCUACUACCUUGACCUGAGUAUGAACAACAUCACCGAGCUUCCAGCAUAUGUCUUCAAGAGUUUUCCCUAUCUGGAAGAACUACGACUUGCAGGGAAUGACCUGUCAUUCAUCCACCCUGAGGCCCUGUCUGGACUCCAUCAGCUCAAAGUCUUGAUGCUCCAGAAUAAUCAGCUGAAAUCUGUGCCCAGUGCCGCCCUGAUGAAUCUGCACUCUCUCCAGUCCCUUCGCCUGGAUGCAAAUCACAUUACUACAGUACCAGACGACAGUUUUGAAGGCCUCCAGCAGCUGCGCCACCUCUGGCUGGAUGAUAACAACCUAACGGAAGUCCCUGUCACUUCUCUGAGACACCAAGCAAACCUUCAGGCUCUGACACUGGCACUCAACCGCAUCUUUUACAUACCAGACAAUGCCUUCGCAAACCUCACUAGUCUAGUAGUGCUACAUCUUCAUAACAACAGAAUAAAGCAGAUAGGAGACAACUGCUUUGCUGGACUCUUGAACCUGGAGACCCUAGAUCUUAACUUCAACAACCUGAUGGUUUUUCCCAAAGCAAUUGAGGCCCUGCCCAAACUGAAGGAACUCGGCUUUCACAGCAAUGAUAUUACUUACAUACCUGAAGGAGCUUUCCAUAACAACCCCCUGCUGCGAACCAUACACCUUUACGACAACCCUCUGGCAUUUGUUGGUGCUUCAGCUUUCCAGAAUCUAUCGGAUCUGCACUCCUUGAUGUUGCGUGGCGCCAGUAUGAUGCAGGAUUUUCCCAUCCUCUCAUGGACUAAUAACCUUGAGAGUCUGACAUUGUCAGGAACUAAGAUAUCCUCUAUCCCUACUGACCUGUGCGAGGAUUUGAAGUUGCUUCGGACUCUAGAUCUAUCCUACAAUGAGAUCAAAGGACUGCCAUCUCUGCAGGGCUGCACUCAACUGCAGGAGAUAAGCUUUCAGCACAAUCAUGUUCAACAAAUUGAAAGAGACACUUUCCAAGGCCUCUCAGCCCUCCGUCUACUGGACCUGAGUAGAAAUAAGAUCACAGUCAUCAACAGAGAUGCUUUCCUCACACUCACUGCACUCACCAACUUAGAUCUAAGUAUGAACUCACUGGCUGUGAUUCCGACGACUGGACUGGGUGCCCUCACUCAGCUUAAACUCUCAGGAAACCCGCAGAUGAAAAAUGUGCUGCCUGCAAAAAACCUGCCCAAACUCAGGUCCAUCUCUGUCCCUUACGCCUACCAGUGCUGUGCAUUUGUUGGAUGCGACUCGGUGUCGACUUCUUCAGAUGAAAACGAUCCUAAGAAAUCUACAGGUGGAGAGGAUGUGGAAAGAGUCUCCAUGAUCAUGCACUGCUCUCCUUUACCAGGAGCCUUCAAGCCUUGUGAGCACCUCCUGGGGAACUGGAUGAUUCGACUGACAGUGUGGUUCAUCUGCCUCGUGUCCCUGGUCUUCAACAGCCUGGUGAUGGUGGUCACCUUUUCCUCAUCGCAUCGCAGUGCUGGACGCUUCCACUCCCUUACUCCAUCCCUUUCUCCAGCCAGGCUGCUGAUGGGGUUGCUGGCCCUGGCCAAUCUGCUCACAGGCCUGUAUGUCAGCGUGCUGACUGUGCUUGAUGUGGCUACCUGGGGUUCCUUCGCUGAGUUCGGAGUGUGGUGGGAAAUGGGGCCUGGCUGUCAGCUCACAGGAGCCCUCGCCGUCUUCUCGUCAGAGUGGGCAGUCCUAUUACUGUCCCUGGCAGCCGUGGAACGCAGCGUAGCCGUGCGGACAAUUCUCGGGAAGGUGUUGAUGUCUCCCAGGAGGAAUGGCAGCAGCCGCCACGGCUGCUGGCGGGGCGGUCGGCGCUACGGCAUUGUUGCAGGACUCCUCGGGGUACUGGCUGCUGCUGGAGCCUGCCUGCCUCUCCUGACCUCCAGUGACCAGUCCUCCUCUCCCCUCUGCCUGCCUUUUGCUGGUGGGGAAAGCCCAGCUCUCAGUGUUACAGUGGUUUUGGUGCUCCUUAACGCACUGGCUUACCUGUUCACUGCCGCCGUGUACACCCAGCUGUACUGCCACCUGGGCAGAGUGGAGCUGGCAGAUCCAGAGCAGACCGGCGCAUUGCGUCACGUAGCCUGGCUAAUCUUUACCAACUGCAUCUUCUUCUGCCCUGUGGCAGCCUUCUCUUUUGCCCCGCUCCUGACUGGUUCUACGGCCGGUGGCCCAGAGAUCGCCAAGUCUGUCACGCUCAUUUUCUUCCCCCUGCCUGCCUGCCUCAACCCAGUGCUUUAUGUGUUCUUCAGCCCAGCCUUCAGGGAGGACUGGCUGAGACUACGUGGUCGCGGAAGCCUAAGCAGGGAGGGGAAGGCUGGCGGCGAACAUCACGGCGACGAUGGCGGCGGUGGGUCGGACCUCUCAGACGGAAGCUCCUCCACCCACCUGGGCUUCGACUGCGGGGUGUACUCGCAACUUUGCAGAGAGACUGUUGUAUGUGAGCAGUGCGAAGCAGUGCUGCAUGCCAGGACAUGUUCCUCCCCUUCCUCCUCCACAGGCUGUAGACACUUGGUUAAGUCUCAUAGCUGUCCCACCCUCCUGGCGGGAGCCUCAGUGUGCCAGCGUGCUGAGGGCUUCUGGGCCGACAGCAGCACGCCUUCCGCUCAGUCUGAAUAUGCUGACGAGGGGGACUCCUUCGUGUCGGACAGCUCGGACCAGAUUCAGGCCUGUGGCAGAGCCUGCUUCUGUCAGAGCAGAGGCCUUCCUCUCGUACACUACUCAUACAACAUACCUCGAGUCAAAGACUAAGAGCACGUUGGAGCUCCAGUUCGAAACAUCGAAUAUCGAAUAUCGAAACAUUUUUCUAUCAAACAUCAAAAUGUGCCAAUCGCCCUGCUAAAAGACUAUUCAGCAAGCACUUAUAUUUGUAAUGACUGUGUAAACAGAGGGGCAAAUCUUCAUUUAAAGGGAACUCAUUAUGUUUUGUGAACUGAGACAACUUCCAUGUGAGCUGACCUAACUGAUCUGAGCACAUUUUGGUGCAAACCUUCAGACAAAGGAAAGAAAACUCUUGCCACCGGUGCCUGCCUCUUUCUUCUGAGUGGAAUCCUGACGUUGCAGGCCUUAAAGGGGUCAAAGGUUUUGCGAUUUCUGUGUUUCAAAUAUACUAAUAAGCUUUUUUAACUUUAAUUGUUGUCCGUCAUGUCAAUCUUUAAAGCUUUACCACAGCAACUGAUUUUAUACUUAGAUUUUUUUACAUAAAUGUAGCAAAUGUUAUAAUCAUCAUAGACAUUUAUGCGUGAAUGUAACUUUCAGGUGCUUCUACCUGUCAGAGUGGGAUAAUGUCUUCAGCAAUGCCAGCAAAAAUGUCUGCCCUAUCUGCCUGUUUCCCUAAUCUAUGACCCGAGAAGGGCAAUUGCCAGUCUACAGGAAACACAUGUUUGCUUUAAGUUUAAGACUAAGAAUGUGAUAAAAGUAGCAGAUAUCACUGUUUUAGCAACACUUGCAUGGCGGCUUUGAAAAGUAUUGUUUAAGCAGCAGGAUUGUCUGGGUGGAGAUGGUUGGUUAUGAGGUGGCCUUUGAAUGACAAAUACACUAUUUAAUCCAAGCAUUCACCAAAACUAACUGUAGCAUCCCUCUCACAUACAGGUUUAGGUAAUUUCUAUUCAUUUAAGGGAUCCUUUGUGUUGUAGUUAAAUCUGGGCCUUAUUUUCUAAGUGAUAAAUCAAAACAUUUCAUAUUCAGUAAAACACCAUACAAAUGAGCCAUGCUUUUAUCUUGUCAGUGUAGUCAUAUUCAUUGUAUUGCUAAGUGUAAAAUGAGAAUGUCGAUCAUUACAUUAUUGAUCAUAUAAUCUGUGUGUAACAUAUCUGAUUGGGAUAAACGCACAGCCUUCCUGUUUAAACUGUUCAGUAGGUGUGCUGCUGGUGGACUAGGUCGGUUCUUGUUAAAGUAGGCCAGCCCGACUCACAGCUGGCUCUAGCUCCAUCGUUGGCAGACACACACAAGGCUUCACCCAACAAAACAGAAUAUUAGUCAAAAAGAGAAAUGCAGCAAACUUUGGUUUACAUUUACUCCACAAUAUGUAAAAAAUCUAAAUAGAAUCUAAUCACGCAGUGAUGUUUACCAUAUGUUUGACAUGGAUGUAAAUGUCCUUGCUCAUUUUGGCCUGCUACAAGUUAAACGAAUACAGUCCAAGUCAAACACGUGAAUGUAAUCCUACUUUUCCACUUUUUUCAGCUUGAUGCAAAUGCAGCACCAGCUAAGUCAACAAGGUGUACAGGCGGUGCCAAAAUGCUCACUUGUAUAGCGGUGCUCAACUCGCUUCAACACUGCAUUCGCCCAUUCACGCACACAAGCACUCACACAAGCACCCACUGGUGGCAGAGCUGCUAUGCAGCCUAUGCUGACUCCGGGGUCAGCUUGUGCUUCAGUGUCUUGCCCAAGGACACUUCAGCACAUGACUUGGGGAGCUACGGUACUUUUUCCUUUACCUGAUGUGCUGUACAGCGAAGCAACUGGCAAAUAUUGAUCACAAUAUGCUUGGUGGCACAAAAACCUGAAAAUGAGGCCUACGUUGAAUUACCUUCGAAACUGAAUGACUUUCAUGCACAUUAUCCAGUGACUCAGACACUUUCUUUGUGUUCAUUUCAGUCUGCGUUGUCCGGUUUUACUGUAUAGGUCACCAGAGGAGCAUCAUUUUAAUGUAAAGCACAUAUGUGUAGAUUUGUCUUCGGCCUGAAUGAGACUGUGUGACAAGGGAUAAAGUGAUAUUUGGUGUGUUGGAGCAUGACUGUACACAUUAAGGCGGAUACACCCUGUGAGCGUGUAUCCACAAGUGUGCAGCAUGUGAGUGCUCAGGAAUUUAGGCGAUGUGGAGGAACCUUUACUUCCCACAACAAGGCAUUCUCGUGUCCGUACGUAUAAUGCACCGUUUAAUUGCAAUAUUUUGGUUCAUUCGCUGUUUAACGUAGUCUCGACUGGGUGUGUGAAUUGUUGCACCAACCAAAAUGUAAGUCAUGUUUUUGAACUGUCUAAUGUCCAAUGUACAAAUCUUAGUUUCUUAUUGGUAUUUGUAUGUAAAUUAUUUGAAAAGAAAUCGAGGAAUCAAGAAUGGAGUGCUCGCCAAGGAAGCUACCUCUCCAGAUGUAGUGGCUGCCCACAGUGCUUUGUUAAGGAAUAGUCAUUUUUAGUUAGUCUUUAUUUUUGCCAUGUUGAGUUUAGUUAACUGCUAAUUGGGGGAAAAUGUAUGUACUGUAUACUGUGAUUUCUUUUUCUUUUUUAAGCCAAAUUGCUAAUUAUAAUAUAGCUCAUUUAAUUUAAAUUGAAAUUAAAUCUUAUUUGUAUAGUUUUAAUGUGACCUCCCCAAUGUGUUUUUUUUAUUCUGAUCAGUAGAAAAAAAUGUAAAUGAAUAAAAUUUACAAGACUA